CCGAUAUCUGCGUUCAACACCAACACACCAAUAACAAAUCGGGCGAGCCAACUCGUCAGAAAUUGCAAAUAUGGGUGUCGGUCGCCGUAUGAAAAAGCAGGGGCCUCCUCCUCCAUUGGACGAGGCUACUAUCUCAAUGAUCAAGAAGCGAAAAGCCGCUGAGGCCGACGCUAAAGCAGAGGGCGGAAAAAAGCGUCGGAAAGCAGAAGUCGAGCCGGCCCAAGGAAACAAAAAGCUCAAGACCAAGGUCAAUGGUGCGGCUGUAAAUGGCAAGGAGAAGAAACUCAAUGGCGCUUCCGUGCCUGCGAAGGUUUCGAAAGCUGAAAAGAAAAAGAAGACUGUGCAAAAGCCAAUAGUACCCGAACCUGAAUCAGAAGAUGAGGAUGACGAUGGCUGGGGAAGCGGUAGUGCGCCUGACUUGGACGACUUGAUGGCCGACGAAUUUGGUGAUCUGGAUGGAGUCAGCGAUGGAUCUGAGAAUAGUAUGUUGGAGAAGGAUGAUGAUGAUGAAGACGAUAAUGUGGAGAAAUUCGACGAGGGAUCUGUAUUUGACUCCGACGAGGAAGACCACCCUCGCGAAAAAAUGUUUUCAGACGAUGACGAGUCUGAUGCGGAGGAAAAGCUUACAGCAGCAAACAUCGAGGGCCUUUCACGAAAGCUUGACGAACAGCGCGAAUUAGAGGAGGAAGAAGCAAGGCAGGAAAUGCAGGACUCGGCGAUGCAAACUAACAUUGCUGGCGAGCGUCCUGAUAUAUUUGGUGAUGUCGACUCGGCCGCCAAGGCAGGAGUUGCUCCCAGCAUGCAACUUCUCCGGACAAGAAUCACGGAUACCCUUCGAGUGCUUGGUGACAUGAAAUCCCUCGGCCAGCCCGAUAAGUCCCGAGCAGACUACAUGCAGCUUCUCCUAGACGACUUUUGCACAUAUUACGGAUAUAACUCACAUUUGGCUGAGAAGCUGAUGUCGCUGUUCACCCCCAUGGAAGCAUUCGCCUUUUUCGAAGCAAAUGAGGCACCCCGUCCUGUAGUCAUCCGUACCAACACCCUGCGCACCAAUCGACGUACUCUUGCUCAAGCCUUGAUAAAUAGAGGUGUUGUCUUGGAACCAGUUGGGAAGUGGUCAAAGGUUGGCUUGCAGGUCUUCGAGUCGGCAGUUCCUCUCGGUGCUACACCUGAAUACCUCGCUGGCCAUUACAUUCUACAAGCCGCAUCAUCCUUCUUGCCCGUCAUGGCUCUCGCUCCCCAGCCUGGUGAACGCAUUCUCGAUAUGGCUUCGGCUCCAGGUGGUAAAACCACAUACAUCUCCGCUCUCAUGCGCAAUACCGGUGUUGUCCUAGCCAAUGAUGCUAGUAAGCCUCGUGCUAAGGGUCUGAUUGGUAACAUUCAUCGUCUCGGGUGCCAGAACGUGAUUGUGUGCAAUUACGAUGCUCGGGAAGCUUUCCCUAAAAUUCUUGGAGGAUUCGAUCGCAUUCUUCUUGACGCUCCCUGCACCGGAACAGGAGUUAUUUCCAAAGACCCUAGCGUCAAAACGAACAAAACUGAGCGCGAUUUCCUCGCUAUCCCGCACAUGCAGAAACAGCUUCUUCUCGCAGCCAUCGACUCGACAGAUCAUCACUCCAAGACUGGAGGCUACAUUGUAUAUUCCACAUGCAGUGUUACCGUCGAAGAGAACGAGCAAGUUGUGCAAUACGUUCUGCGUAAACGCCCGAAUGUUAAACUCGUGGACACUGGUCUAGGUAGCUUUGGGUCUGAAGGAUUCAUAAGCUACAUGGGCAAGAAAUUCGACGAGAAGAUGCGUCUAACCAGGCGUUACUUCCCUCACCGAGAGAACGUGGAUGGCUUUUUCGUUUGCAAGUUGAAGAAGACUGGUCCUAGCCCUGCUGGAAAGACUGAUAAUGCAGUGGCGAAUGGGGCUGCUACGAAUGGCUCAAAGGCGGACUCGACAAAUGCUGGCGAGAGUGAGGAAGAAGUUAUUGACAAGACGCCUAUAACAGACGAAGAUGGCCUUCUUGGCGAGGAAGAUAAUUUCGGCCCUUUCAACGAAGAUGAAGACGCUGAGCUUAUCGCUCGCGGUGAGCGCAAUCGCCUGAGGAGAAAGGGUCUCAACCCUAAGGCGGUGCUUGGAAAACAAACAAAAAAAGCUGACAAAAGGGAUGAUCAAGCUCCUUCUGCUUCUGCAAAAGAGGAUGGCUCUGCCGAAGAAGCGAAAUCUACAGUAAAGAACUCGAAGAAGAGCAAGAAAGAAAAGGAGAAAAAUAAAACAGAUUCCCAACCAACACAGUCCAAUUCGGAACCUUCUACGUCAAGUCCAGGAUCAAAGAAAGCCAAGAAGGGCAAGAAAGGGCCGAAAUAGACGAGGACAGCUAUUGAGGUUAUAGACAAUUAGCAACGUUAAUUUAACCCGUCUUGAUCACUUCGUCUUCUAUGUUUUUGUGGCAUUGAACUGGGCGUUUUGUUUUGUGAAAAGUUAUUUUAUUGUAUAUUUUGUGGCUAGAUACUUUAUAUGCAAAGCAUGCAUCAAUUGAUAAAUUGACA